ACUGGUCACUCCUGUCAUUCAGAGCCAGAGGCAUGUACGCUGAGGUAGAGGGGAGGGUGGACAGCAAAAGUGAAUGUACAGGUUGAAGCGGCUGAAGAUGACCCUCCCACUCCCUCGGCACAGACAUAAAAGCCGGCAGAGUCUACAGUCAGACACUCAGAGGGACUCGGCUCUCCUUUUGAAGACUGCUCAUCUCCUGUUCUCCUCUUCUCAGAGUGUUGAUAACCUUUACCACUGCAAACAUGAGGAAGGCAUACUCUGUCAGCUCUAGUAGCAGCACCAGGAGGUCCUUUGCACCAGUUAGCAGCUACGCCGUAAAGAGUUCCAGUUAUGGUGCUGGAGCUGGAGCUGGUGGUCUUGGUUUUAGUAUGUCUUCAAUGGGUGGUGGAUUAGGUAGUGGUUCUGGUAGUUAUGGCUUUACUUCUAGCCAAACAGGAGGCGGCUUUGUCGCUCCACAGAUCACAGCUGUCCAAGUCAACCAGAGCUUGCUGACCCCUCUGAACCUGGAUAUUGACCCCAACAUCCAGGUUGUCCGCACCCAGGAGAAGGAUCAGAUCAAGACCCUCAACAACCGCUUCGCCUCCUUCAUUGACAAGGUCCGUUUCCUGGAGCAGCAGAACAAGAUGCUGGAGACCAAAUGGAGCCUCCUGCAGGACCAGACCACCACCCGCUCCAACAUCGAUGCCAUGUUCGAGGCCUACAUUGCCAACCUGCGCAGACAGCUCGACGGGCUGGGCAAUGAGAAGGGCAAGCUGGAGGGAGAGCUGAGGAACAUGCAGGGCCUGGUUGAGGACUUCAAGACGAAGUAUGAAGAUGAAAUCAACAAACGUGCAGCUGCAGAGAAUGAGUUUGUGCUCCUGAAGAAGGACGUUGAUGCUGCCUACAUGAACAAGGUGGAGCUAGAGGCCAGGGCUGAUGCUCUUCAGGAUGAGAUCAACUUCCUCAGGGCCGUCUAUGAGACUGAGCUUCGUGAGCUGCAGAGCCAGAUCAAGGACACCUCCGUCAUUGUGGAGAUGGACAACAGCCGUAACCUGGACAUGGAUUCUAUUGUGGCUGAAGUGCGUGCUCAGUAUGAGGACAUUGCCAACCGCAGCAAGGCUGAAGCAGAGACCUGGUACAAACAGAAGUAUGAGGAGAUGCAGAGCACUGCCGGACAGUAUGGUGACGACCUGCGCACAACCAAGGCUGAGAUUUCUGAGCUAAACCGCAUGAUCUCCCGUCUUCAGAAUGAGAUUGAGGCCGUCAAGGGACAGAGGGCCAGCCUGGAGGCUCAGAUUGCAGAGGCUGAGGAGCGUGGUGAGCUGGCAGUGAAGGAUGCCAAGCUCCGCAUUAAGGACCUGGAGGAUGCUCUGCAGAGAGCCAAGCAGGACAUGACCCGCCAGGUGCGUGAAUACCAGGAACUGAUGAACGUCAAGCUGGCCCUGGACAUCGAAAUUGCCACCUACAGGAAACUACUGGAAGGAGAGGAGUCCAGACUGGCCAGCGGAGGCGCAAGCGCAACCAUCCACGUGCAGCAGACCUCUGGAGGUGGUGGUAAACUGACAGGUGGAUGGAUAAAUGACAACAUGUUUUUUUCUGCUCCAGGAUACUUCAGCUCCAGCUCUGGCGGUGGAUUCGGCUAUGGUGGCAGCAGCUUGUCUGGUGGUUAUGGCGGUGCUGUUACCAAGUCCACAGUCUCAUCAACCAGUUCCAGGAGAGUGUAUUAAAAAGGAGAGCCAGUCCUCUUCCCCUUCAGAAACUCUUGAAUUUGAUCUAAAUCUGUACCCAUUCAUGGUGCUUUGCAAUACCAUUGAGCAAUAAAUUCUGUUUAUCAUCAUUUAACAAGAGUUUCCGAAACAUGGCCUUAAACACACAAGAGCCAAAAUAAAGUGUUAAAACUAAGCAAAGAAAACAUUUGAAAGGAUGUACUCAAUCUUGACAACUUAGAUGAUUUUUGUACCGCAGUGCAGUGAUGUACUGUACAUGUUCACAGUUUCCCUUUGAACAGAUUGGCUACUGGCUUAUUCUUGGUACUGUCCUGUCAAAUUGUUCCAUGCUCAGUUUCGCCUUUACUUGCCUUCAAGUGAUGAUGAAACCAUAUUUAUUUUGUAAA